CCAAAGAAUUGGAAAAAGAUGAAUAAAAAAGAAAGAGAAGCUUGGAUGCUGCAGAGGAUAGAAGAAUGGCGGGCAGAGAAGGAAGCGGAGAAACAAGCAAUCCUGGCGGGCGCGAAAGAGAAACGCGCUGCCCUAGCGCGGGAAAGAGCGGAGUUGAUGGCGAAAGAUAAUGCUGAGCAAGAGAUUAGAAGGGAUCUACUGCAGAAGACAUGUGACUUAUUCCACAAAUUUGAAAAGCAGAAGCUGGACUUUCAUAACAAGAAACAGAUGCAAGCGGAGUGGCAACAGUACCUCCGCUGUGAUGGACUCCCUGAUCCCCGCGUCGUGACCCAGAUGAACACAUACUUACACCUGUGGCAGCUGAAUCCCAAAUGCGAUGAUAACGAACUCGAGAAACGAUGCAUUGAAGCCCUACCUAUGUUGGAAAUGCUAGAGGAGUUCGUAGCCAACUCAAGACAAUACACGCCACUACAGGCGCAAAGCUACAAUGAAGUCCGACUAGCACUCCGCGAGCAGCUCUCAAACGCAAUCGAACUUGCGUCGUACACCCUACUGCGAGACUUGGAGAAUCAUCUAAAGUUCGACUCCAUAAAACUGGCCACGUACCAACGGGAGUUUAAAGGCUUGCGGCUGAACUUGUGGGUCGCAGUUAGAAUGCCUACGAGGAAACCUAAACCAGUGGAACCUGAUCCAGAACCAGUGGAGCUUUCCUUUCCGUCGAUGCGCGUUGGCGUGAAACUGCCCAAAAUCAUCGAUGGAUCCUGCAUUUGCGUCAGAGCCGCCCGGUCUAUGCUGGACUUGCUCAGCGAAAGUUCUAGAAGUUACGCUUUAGCAGCUGAUAUGCCCAACAGGUAUGAAGAUCUAUUCAUAUUCAAUGUGAAAGAGCAUGUCGAUAUUGACAAGCUGAAGAAAGUACAAGACGAAAUCAGGUCGAAAUUCUACAAAGAGAUACGGGAGAAGAUAAAAGAGUUGGAGAACUUCUUAAAAGCUAACCCAUACACAAAAAACGAGAAGGAGAAAGACGACUUGGAUAAUUUAAAUAUGGCGGAACCGCCAUUCCUACCGGAUCCUAGGACUUUUAUAUCCGAACAAAAUGAAUUAGCGUUCACGAAGUACCUCAAAAUGUGUAUGACGAGAACACGCUCUGGUGAAAUUAAUUUACGGAAAUACAGGAUAUGCGGUGGUGUACUCCAUUUGGAUCUGCUGACGACGCCGCCACAACCGAAACGAAUGCGGGGCUCCAUCACGCUCACCACACUGCAAUUACCCAAGAGUCUGCAGCCGAUGAAUUACCAGGUACAAUACCGGGCGCCCUCACCCCCGCCGGUGGGGGUGACCCGGACGCCAGAGGAGAUCGAGAUGGAAAUGAAGAAGGUGGAAGCUGAAUAUGAGAAAUUAGCGCUAGUGUCUAUUGAUCUGCCACAGGAACUAAUAUGGUCGGAGCCACCGGUGGUAUGUCAGUGGCAGGAGGCGAGGAAACUCUGGACAAGCAACUAUGUGAACGAUUACAAGUUCAACGAGGAUAAACUCACGGUGCAGUUCAGAACUGGAGUGUUGUGGCCGAUAGGUAUUGCUACACUGAGAUACAGCAACAUGCCGUACCAGGGAUGGGAUGUAAAACCAGAUCCUGACAGUAAGGGUGUCAUAAUAUCAGUGACGGGGGUGAGUGUGACGGUCACGUGGCUCUGUUUGGGCAACUCGGUGCGCCUCAAGUGGAUCGCAAACGCGACAACGCCGGCGCUGAAGGAGCACUUCAACAAGCCGUACAGCGUCAAAAGGAUGCUCCAAAUAAUGCGGGAGGCAGCAUGCGACUUCUUUCCAGACUUCGACGCUCACAACCACAUAGAAGGCUCCUGCCCCAAGGAGUGGGUGUUAGAACGGCAUAACUACCACGCUAUGGCAUUCCUUUCCAGGGCAUACAACUUUCAAUGGAGCAGAUGGAAUGCUGCUGCUGGUAAUCGUACUGUUGUUAUGCAAAUACGAGAGGCAGUGGACAAGAAAAGAGAGUCCAAAUUCGAACUUCUGUAUGUGACGCCGCAGCGGGCCACCAUUCUCAAAUGUAAUGAGAUGUCUCAGGAGUAUAGUGCGGAACCUAUGAUGGGGUUACCGUUCUACCCAGACCUGUUCACCCUGAACAUGUCGUACGGGUCGGUAGACGCGCGCCGCGCCACCUUUAACAUGAAGUAUCGACUUGUCGAGACGGUUUUUGACAUGUUGCAAGAACUCAAAUUGUCAAGUUACUCGUAGACUAAACGUGUCACAAAAUUGUAAAACAGCUGUCUGAUUAACAUCCGAUGGUCGCGGGUUCGAUUCUCGCAUGAUGCAAUCAUUUGUAUUCAUAAAUAUAAAUGGCAAUUGCUCUGGAUGUUUUUUAUGUAUGUUAAGAAAACGUAUUUAAAUAAUUCUGUCAGUUAUCUAGUACCCAUAACACAAGCUCUGUUUAGCUGAACACUAGCUAGCGCUGUGUGAAUUGUCCAGAGUUAUUAUUAUUAUGUUGCCAUUACUGCCUUCCCUUUAUUCCUGUAUUUAGGUCAUUAUAAUUUCUUUAAUAUGUGUUUGUGUAUGCUAAUAUUAUAAAGAGCCUAACCGAUUUAAUACGGUUUGUACUGCCAUUUUAUUUUUUGUUAUUUUUAAAAAUAUCAUGUAGUUGU